GCAUGCGCACCAGCCAUCGCAACAUGCUCAAGAUCCAGCUUGCCGGCGACAAGCGACGCGCCAAAUUCGAGAAGGGCGGCGUGCAGGGACAAGCACACAAGCAGCAGCACGAGGCCGCCGAUUCUAGUAGCGAUGUCGAAGUUGUCAGCAGCAAGCGUGCCAAGCUUGACAGCGAGAAUGCAACAUCUGAGGGCAACGCUGAGGGGGAAGGUGAAGAGUCGGACAAGGGUGGUGGUGAUGGGGAGCUUGAGGAUGGGAAUGAGUCUGGCGAGGAAUCGGACGACAGUAACGCCGUGUCUCUGCAGGACUCGGACAUUCUCGAUCGCAUGGAUGAAGACUGAGCCUUGCUCUGCGACUCUACGUUUUCGUUGAGACACACCUUGAUCGAGGUGGCGAAGAAUGGCAAGCAGCAAGCUUCACAUGGUUGCUUCAUCACCGCAACGUGCGGGCCAGGUACAGCAGCGGUGAAGGGAUGGGAUUUUGGUAGAGGGCAUGUGGCAAAGUGGAAAGCAGGCAUUGGAAGGGUCGCUGCGCUGGCAUGCGAUGUCUACGGUCUACCGCGUUGCUUGCGGCAGUACGGAGGUUGAAAUGGUACAUGGGCGGCAGCAGCAGCAGCAGCAGCAGUUGACGGGCAGCCGCGUUCGCCACCGAUGUUGGGCAACAAGCAUGGCCCAGAUAGCACAUGCGGCAGUUUGUAUGCAGAAGCCGUCAUAACACAGACAGCAGUUAGUAUAUGUGAAAAACUUGAUCAAGUGGUGUGAG